AUGGAGUAACAAACUUUUUUCAGACCGUCAGCCAUCUUUAUCGGUUUCUCUCCCAUCUUCAACAUAGGGCUUACUACAAUUCUCUCCAAAAUUGCUUCUCUCAAGAUCAUUCUUCGAUUUUCAAAAAAUACAGUUUGAUUUAGAGGCGGAGAUCAGAUCGAACGCUGUCAAAAAUGUCAUUCUCAGACUCCGAGUGCUCCUCAAAUAGUGGAGACUACAAAACGUUUCGCCAGACUAGCCGUGCAAGACUGUUAUACGAAAUGCUUCGAGCAUCCAAAACAGGAGAUUCAAAGGCUUGGAAGGUACUAAUCAUGGACAAAGUUACUGUGAAGGUCAUGUCUGCCUCAUGCAAAAUGGCAGAUAUUACUGAUGAAGGAGUUUCACUGGUGGAAGACCUUUUCAGGAGAAGGCAACCCUUACCCUCAAUGGAUGCUAUAUAUUUCAUCCAACCAAGCAAAGAGAACGUUGUCAUGCUUUUGUCUGACAUGUCUGGAAGAGAACCCUUAUACAGGAAAGCAUUUAUAUACUUCUGUUCGCCCAUUCCAAAGGACUUGCUUGGUCGAAUUAAGAAUGACACCAGCAUUGUGCCACGAAUUGGUGCACUAAGAGAGGUCACAAUAAUUAUAUGCUUUACUUUGAAAUUUAUCCUUUUCCAGUUCUUUUUUCCUCUUUUUACCAUUGUUCCUGUUGUCAUAGAGUUGCAAUACAAAUUUAUUACUUUGUGGAUGCAGAUGAAUCUCGAGUAUUUUUCUAUGGACAGCCAGGGAUAUACCACCGACCAAGAAACGGCUCUAGGUGAACUCUUUCGUGUAGAUGCUGAAAAGUCUUACAAAUAUAAAAUUUGCAUGACUACAAUGGCUACUCGAAUUGCCACAGUUUUUGCAUCCUUGAAGGAACAUCCUGUUGUGAGGUAUCGUGCAGCCAAAUCUGAUGCAGCACCAAACCAUCACUUACUUUCAACAAAGGUGGCUGCAUCUGUUUGGGAAUGUAUUCAGACAUACAAAACCACGAUUCCUAAUUAUCCCCAAUCACCCACUUGUGAUCUUCUCAUAUUAGACAGAUCUUUUGACCAGAUUGCUCCAAUCAUUCACGAAUGGACAUAUGAUGCAAUGUGCCAUGAUCUACUGGAGUUAGAGGGAAACAAAUAUAUUUAUGAGGUUCCUAGCAAACAUGGUGGUGAUCCUGAGAAAAAGGAGUUUCUUCUGGAAGAUCAUGAUGCUGUCUGGCUUGAGCUUCGUCAUACACAUAUAGCAGAUGCUAGUGAGAGGUUGCAUGACAAGAUGACAAACUUCGUAUCGAAGAAUAAAGCUGCACAGCUACAAAACAAAGAUAGUAGUGAAAUGUCUACAAGGGACUUGCAAAAAAUGGUGCAGGAUUUGCCACAGUACAACGAACAAAUGGAGAAACUUUCUCUUCAUGUCCAGAUUGCUGGGAAAUUGAACAGACAAAUCAAGGAAAUGGAUCUUCGGGAGCUUGGGCAACUAGAACAAGAUAUUGUUUUUGGAGAUGCUGGAACAAAGGAAGUCAUUAACUUCUUAAGGGCGAAGCAGGAUGCAAGUACCGCAAAUAAACUACGCUUGGUGAUGAUUUAUGCAUUCGUUAACCCUGACAAGUUUGAAGGAGACAAAGCUACAAAACUCAUGCAGUUGGCCAAUCUGACAAAUGACGAUAUGAAGGCUGUGAAGAACAUGAUAAUGCUGGAAGGAGCAGAUGCUAGGAAGGCAACAACAUCUGGUGGGGGAUUCUCACUGAAGUUUGACAAUAAGAAGCAGACCAAUCUAGCAGCUAGAAAAGAUCGCGCGGGUGAAGAAGAAACAUGGCAACUUUUUCGAUUUUUCCCAGUGUUAGAGGAACUGAUUGAAAAACUUAACAAAGGUGAAUUACCAAAGGAUGAGUUUCAAUGCAUGAAUGAGGGAGAUUCAUCUUCCAACAUGAGCAAUGGGAGUGGUGCUCCCAAUUCAUCAGCAAAACCAAAUCAACCUCCUGCUCCACAUUCAAUGAGAUCAAGAAGGACUCCUGGAUGGGCUAAACGUAAUUCUGAUGAUGGAUAUUCAAGUGAUUCAGCUCUGAAGGCCGCAGCAACCAAUGACUUCAAAAGGAUGGGGAAACGCAUUUUCAUAUUCAUCAUUGGUGGAGCCACCCGAUCCGAGUUACGAGUGUGUCAUAAACUUACAACAAAAUUGAAAAGGGAAGUUGUCCUGGGUACAACUAACAUGGAAGAUCCACCACAAUAUCUUCCGAAGCUGAAAGUGCUUUCGGAUAAAGAACCUGAGCCUCAGUACUAUUAG